CGUCGGGCGGCGGGAGCGAGCCCGGCCCUGGCGCGGCGGGGCCCGCGCGGGAGGCGCUCCCGCGAGAGACGGCGAGAGCUGCCGGGCGCUGCCUGCUCCCCGCCCCGGCACGCGGCUCGGCGCGCGCGGACGCCGGCGGGGCGCUGUCAGGCCCGGGGAGGAGGGGCGGGAGGGUGGCCGCUGCCUCCCCGGGACGGGCCGUACCACCCGGGCGGGGAGGAGCGGGCCGGGGGCGGGGCGGGGCGGGAGGUAGCGGGCCGGGCGCGACCAUGGCGUGCUGAGGCGGCGGGGGUGGGCUCGGUCCGGGGGAGGCCUGGGGCCGCGGGCUUGUGCGCCGUCUCGGCCACCCCCUGUCGCCGCCGCCGCCGCCGCCGCCCCGGGCAUGUCGUCCAACUGCACCAGCACCACGGCGGUGGCGGUGGCGCCGCUCAGCGCCAGCAAGACCAAGACCAAGAAGAAGCAUUUCGUGUGCCAGAAAGUGAAGCUAUUCCGGGCCAGCGAGCCGAUCCUCAGCGUCCUGAUGUGGGGGGUGAACCACACGAUCAACGAACUGAGCAAUGUCCCCGUCCCAGUCAUGUUGAUGCCGGAUGACUUCAAAGCAUACAGCAAGAUCAAGGUGGACAAUCAUCUCUUCAACAAGGAGAAUCUCCCCAGCCGCUUUAAGUUUAAGGAGUACUGCCCCAUGGUGUUCAGAAACCUCCGGGAGAGGUUUGGGAUUGAUGAUCAGGAUUACCAGAAUUCGGUGACACGCAGUGCCCCAAUCAACAGCGACAGCCAGGGCCGGUGUGGCACGCGCUUCCUCACCACCUAUGACCGGCGCUUUGUCAUCAAGACUGUGUCCAGCGAGGAUGUGGCCGAGAUGCACAACAUCUUAAAGAAAUACCACCAGUUCAUCGUCGAGUGCCACGGCAGCACGCUCUUGCCGCAGUUCCUGGGCAUGUACCGCCUGACCGUGGAUGGCGUGGAGACCUACAUGGUGGUCACCAGGAACGUGUUCAGCCACCGGCUCACCGUCCACCGCAAGUAUGACCUCAAGGGGUCCACGGUUGCCCGAGAAGCCAGCGACAAGGAGAAGGCCAAGGACUUGCCGACAUUCAAAGACAACGACUUCCUCAACGAAGGGCAGAAACUGCAUGUGGGAGAGGAGAGUAAAAAGAACUUCCUGGAAAAACUGAAACGGGAUGUUGAGUUCCUGGCGCAGCUGAAGAUCAUGGACUACAGCCUGCUGGUGGGCAUCCACGACGUGGACCGGGCCGAGCAGGAGGAGAUGGAGGUGGAGGAGCGGGCGGAGGAGGAGGAGAGCGAGAACGACGGCGUGGGCGGGAACCUGCUCUGCUCCUACGGCACUCCUCCCGACAGCCCAGGCAACCUCCUCAGCUUCCCCCGCUUCUUUGGGCCUGGGGAAUUUGACCCUUCUGUCGACGUCUACGCCAUGAAAAGCCACGAAAGGGCCCCCAAGAAGGAGGUCUACUUCAUGGCCAUCAUUGACAUCCUCACACCAUACGACGCGAAGAAGAAAGCCGCUCAUGCAGCCAAGACAGUGAAACACGGGGCGGGGGCCGAGAUCUCAACAGUGAACCCCGAGCAGUACUCCAAACGCUUCAACGAGUUCAUGUCCAACAUCCUGACGUAGUUACCUGCGGCUUCAGCCAGAGCCAGAGACCUGGCCGUGGAGUCCGGGCCUGCGGAGGGGGAGGGUGUGCUGGGGCCGGCCGGGAGGGCGGGGAGCAGCAGGGUCCUCACAGUGUCCCUGCGCCAACAGGGUGUGGCAUCGACUUCUGCUUUCCCGGGACUUUGUUCCCCCUUUGACCCAGGUUCAAAAGGGGUUUCCUGUGUGAUCUUGUAACCUUUCACGAACCCUUGGGGCUAGAGAUGAUGAUUUUAUGGGUUUAUUGGGUUUUGUUUCUGGACUCUCAUUGCUCCAGGUUUGCUAUUUAUAAUGAUGUAUGUCAUCACCCUCUCCACCUCCCAUCCCUGCCCUGCUGUCAGCUCCCUCAGUUAAAGAGGCACCCCAGGGACCCCACCCAGGGUCCUCUCAGAACAAAGCGCUGACACCAGUGAGGAGAUAGAUGCCUCCGCCUGUGUUUCGGCCUUGGCAUCACCCCCUCCCGCUUCAGCCAAGUGCCCCGUCAGAGACCUGGGCUGCCUCCCCAUGCUUUUCUCCCAAAGGAUCACUCCAGACCAUCGCUGCAUCUCGGAGCAGAGUGCAGAGGGAGUCCGUCCUCAUGGGAUGGCAGGAACGGCCAUGGAGCGCCCGCGAUGGUCACCAAACUGCACACUCAGUGUCCUUCCACAAACCUGCACUCCGUGGGGCCCAGGAACUAAAGCCCUUGGCUGUAACAGGACCCGGGACUGGAGUUUCUUGUGCCUCCAUUUACUUCUGACCUGCUCCCGGACACCCUCACUGGUAGAUGACCUUUUUGUGGGGCAGAUCUCCAUAACUUGGGGUGCUCCUCGCAGAGAUACCUCUUGAAGUCCAGAGCUCCAUGUGGAUACUCCGGCUCCCUGUGCCUGUGGACAUUUACCGGGAUGGUCAUGGCCAGCUGGGAAUAGUGCUCGCGCCUUGGGGUUGCUCUGUCCCCUGAGGAUGUGCUCCAAGGGGUCCCCAUUAGAAGCUCCCCAGGUGGUCCUGCCUGGCUUUGAGCAGAUGUUCUCCCCAGACCACCCCAGGAGAGGCCUCUGGAGCGCCCUGCUGUGUCCACCCCUUUCUGAGCCUUCCCUUAAGCCUGGGAAUGGAGCAGACCCUGCGGGGUGGCUGCAGAGCUGUCUGGUCCAGCUGGGUGCUCGCAACCCACUUGUUCUGCUUCUCCAGGAACUGCCACCUGGGGGAAACAAGCUGACACUUGGGGAGAAAGUGAAUGGAUCUCUCUGAACAAACAGUUUGCUUUCCCCGGGCUCCGGCCAGCUUCCAGAGCAGGAGUGCCCACUGCCUGUUACCCCUCGGGGAACUGGAGAGUGUUCUGGGGCUGUCUGCGCCCUCCUGGAAGCAGCGGCCACCCUGCUCCCUGCCUAGGCAGGAGCCACCGGCAUCUGAGCGUCAGUAGCAAAACCACCCAGCAAUCUGGAGAAAGAACUUAGGUCCAGUGGUCCCAGCGAGAACAGGAACUUCAGAAAGGGGUCGUAGGACGUUUGGACUUGGUUUCCCCACCUGCUAAUCAAGAACAAACAUUUGGACUUGCUGGAGCCUGGCGCCCCCCAGGCCUGGGCUCCCCCGCUUGCGAAUCAUGUUGCCAUAUUGUACGAAAUGAAACAAUCAGUGAACCAGUAGCAGAGGGGCUACCUACCAGCUCUCUGACUUCAUUAACAUUGAGUUUUUGUUUCCUGGUCGGUUGGUUUUAGUAUAUUGUUUACAUUCUGUGAGGUAGCAUCGUCUCAAACGCUCCCUUCCCCCCCUAACAGUAUUGUUGUUUGGGCGGAAACAUUUGAGCUGUGAUUUGGUGGAUUCAGAUUUUUUUUUAAAGGUCAUUCAUUUCUUCAAAACCAUGGGUUUGCCUCUACUUCCUUAAGCAUUCUAAUGUUUAAAGGCUAUUUAUCUUGA